AUUUUUACUUUAUGCAGAAGUCCUUGACUGCUUCACUCUCUCAUUCUUGGAGUGAAUUUGGAAAUGAUUUUUGAUGACCUUAAGAGUACGACUAUGAAAGACCAACCCGACCAGAAGCCAAAUGGAGAGAAAGCUAAAGGUCUUUAUUUUCUUUCUUCUCGGUGGUGGUGCCCUGCCGCUGUGCUUCUAGGGGUCCUUUGCUUGGGAUUACUGGUGACUCUUAUCAUGCUGAUAAUGCAAGUAUCACAGGUGUCUGGUCUCCUAAAGCAACAUCAAGCAAACCUUACCCACCAGGAAAUUAUACUGGAGGGACAGAUUUUAGCACAGCAGCAGGCAGAAAAAGCUUCCCAGGAGUCAGAAAAGGAACUCAAGGAGAUGAUAAAAAACCUUACCCAGAAGCUGGAUGAAAAAUCAAAGAAACAGAUGGAACUUCAUCACCAGAACCUGAAUCUCCAAGAAGCUCUGAGGGAAGCAGCAAACUUUUCAGCUCCUUGUCCCCAAGACUGGCUCUGGCAUGAAGCAAACUGUUACGUAUACUCCUCUGGCCCAUUUAAUUGGGAAAAAAGCCAGAACCAUUGCUUGUCUUUGGAUGCCCACAUGCUGAAAAUUAACAGCACAGAUGAUCUGGAAUUCAUCCAGCGAGCAAGCGCCCAUUCCAGUUUCCCGUUCUGGAUAGGGUUGUCUCUGAGGAAGCCGAGCAGCUCAUGGCUCUGGGAGGAUGGCUCUCCUUUGAUGCCCCACUUGUUUCGAUUCCAGGGAUCUCUUUCCCAGAGGUAUACUUCAGGCACUUGUGCCUAUAUACAAAGGGGAGCUGUUUUUGCUGACAACUGCAUUUUAACUGCAUUUACUAUAUGUCAGAAGAAGGCAAAUCUAGUGAGAGCACGGUGAAUUUGAAGGCUCUGGAAGCAAAGGAAAAGACUUUUCUUCUGGAAUUGAAGCUGUACUUUAUAAUUUAGGUGCAAAACGAGAGAGCCCUGCGAACUGCCUGUUAUUAGCUGACUGCAGAAUUCCUUAGCAGAGACUAGGUCUGCAGAUGCCUGGCUGGAGAUAUCCAAAAUGUUGAUUCUAUGUCUCUUUCUCUCGUUUUUCGCCUGGUUUCCCCAAUCCUCCUGCCAGCCUUCAAACCUUCUCCCCUUUUUAUGUUUUAAAGUUUUACUCCUCUUCAAGUCUUGGCAGCCCUCUGUACUCAGUCCUCUACCUCAGUGCCAUCUGCCCCCUCACCCUCCUAAACCGCAUAGAAAAUGGAAAAUGGAGAACUUGACCCCCCUGCAAGCAGAAGGCGAAAAAGGGGAAAUCUGCAUGGGAACAGAGCUGGUGAAGAAACAGAAAAGAGGAAAAGCCCAUAAUGGAAUCAAGGAACUUGAGUUCUCGACCUUAAAAGCUGCCACUUGUUCGUCUUUUAAGUUGCGAUCUGUCUCCACACUCCACCACUUACACACGUGCACACCCAAAACACACACACACACACCCAACACACACGCACACACCCAGAACAUCACAUUUUGGUGUGAUUGAGAUGUUCCGGGAGGUAAUUAUAAAUAGAAUCAUCUUUUCAGUGACCCAAAUACAAUUCCUUAUUGGUCUCUGAAUCUGUUCUGACUUCUUCAUCCUUUCUCUAUCAAAGGACAGCUCCAUAUAGCUUUACUCCUUCAGGAGAGUAUUUGUUAGAAUCAUGGUGCCGGGGGCAAAAAUAGUUUUUGUGUUGUUUUUUUUCUCCCUAAAGUACACACCAUUUAUAGAUGACCUCUUCUCAACUCUGUUAUGCUGUGCUAAUGUGGAAACAUACCGGGCCAACCAGUGAAGACACUCCGUUAAGGAGCAAACUGAGCCAGCCGCGGAAACAUUGCUGAACAGAAACAGAUGGAAUUUGAAGUAUUCCUUCUAUUUUCAGUGUUUCUAGUCCCCGGCUACCUCCCCUCCCAGGUUUUCCUACUUUAAAGGAAGCCUUUCCAUUUCAUUGCACAUAAUGUAGCACCAACUGUAUCCAAAAAAGAAAAGCUGGACCAUUCCUAGGAAGACAGAUAUUCAUCUGCCUUGUUGUUUGCAUCAAUUUUUCCCCCUUUUAAAAUAUUCAAUGUGAUUCCCUUGUAUGAGUAUACCCCAAUUUGUGGAUAAAUUACCUGUUGAUGAUCUUUUGAGUUGUUUUCGGUAUUUGUCUAUCACAAAAUAAGGUGCUAUAAACAUUUGUGUACCAGCCUUUGUAUGCACAUAGCAUUUCUCUUCUCGUGAGUAAAUGCGUAGGAGUUUAAUGUCAGAACCAUUCAGUAGGUGUAUGUUCAGCUAGCUGAGAAAUUGCCAAACGUUUCGCCCCAAACUUGUACCAUUUGGUAUUCCCACCAGCAGUGUAUGAACGUUCCAAUUCCACCUCAUCCUUGCUGACGCUUGGUAUGGUCAGUCUUGUCACUUUACCCAUUCUGAUAGGCACAUGGUGGUGUAUUACUCUGGUUUAAUUUGCAUUUCCUAAAUGAAAAAUAAUCUUGAGAUCUUUUUAUUUACUUAUUGUGCUUAUUUACUCUCUACAUAUUUUCUUUGAUAAAGCGCUGUACCGAUCU